AUGCAUACUCCUCUUUGGCUCGUUCCAACACCUCUGCACGAUAUUGCACAGCUAUGCACGCUCGCGCCGCACGCUCGGAUCGAUAACGAUCUCCCGCAAGCUGCUUCGUUGCGAAACCUGGUGCGCGUGUCCCCUUUUCUUUUUGUGCGUAGGUACCUUUCUGACUUGGAGUUUUUGACGGCCCACCCGGGGCACGGUUGGUACCCGAGCAGCCUCCCGCCGUACGAGAAAUUUGAACGUUUUACCCCGAGCGUGCCACCCCGUGCGAGCGCGCCCAGCCCGUUGUCGUCGACAUCGGCUCGAGCCGACCGCGCUCGCACACCCCACCUCCACCUCCUUCGCUCCCGACCACCUCGGAGCUUCGGUGUUGCGCCACAUCGCCCACCUCGGACCAGCCGAUACCCACCCACUCUCUCUACGACCAUGCCUCCCAAGCCAAGCACUUCUCGCCUCGUGCCAAGUCUUCGCUUGUACGCAACCUCGUCCUUCGCGCCCGGUUCGCAAGGCGCCGGUUCGCCCGGCUCGCCCUUCGUCGUCUUUGAUCGCCAACUCAAGCGACUGCAACGUAAUCGCGCCGCUAGGGAUCCCGAGAAGAGCAGAUUGACCGAUUACAUCAAGGAUGAGGUCGCGGCGAAUAUGGUUGAUCGAUUGCUGGUCAGUUCACGCGUUGCAAGUCUCGAUCGAUCCGGAUUUCGUUCAGCUUCAGAUUGAUCGGCCAGUUCGAGGGAGUGGUGGUCAAGCAUGGCCAGCUGGCUAUACUAGACACUAUCAAGACGCACCAACUCGGAAUCAUCCGGCUCUCGAGCCAAGAUGAAUGCCGCUUGGAGCUCUCGACCACUGAUUCUGCUCCGAGGAUGACGUGGAUGCUCGCAGGACAUCAAGCGUCGCUUCCCACUUGUGCUCGACAUCGGCUCCGGGCCAGGCUACAUCGCAAAGCAUCUCGACCCAGAAAUCACGCAAAAGGUCGUCAUGACCGAUUCAUCGAGUCAGUCGACAUCGCUGAUUCAAUUUGUUCCCCCUUCGCUUUCUGGCUCACGUCCUCCGCUCGGCGAUCGGCGAUUGUAUGGGUGAACAGGGAACAUGCUCUACAGGGACCAAGAUCACGAAUUCGAUGGUCAGUGACGAACUGGAAAGUUACACAACUCUCCGCUGAGCAUGACUGAAGCUACUGCUUAUUCAUCCCAGUGCCGAUCGAGAGGAUCGUAUGCGACGAAGAAGCGCUGCCGUUCGAGGAGAACUCGCACGACGCCAUCAUGUCCUGUCUUGCGCUGCACUGGGUCAACGAUCUCCCAGGUUGGUCGGAGAUUUGCCCAGAUACAUUCGAACCCUUCUGAACUGAUUCGCGGGGUCCUCAUCGGCGUCGCAGGAACCCUGAUUCAGAUUCGGAGAGCGCUGAGGCCCGAUGGAGUCUUCAUCGGGAGUAUGCUCGGUGGCGACACGCUGUUUGAACUCAGGUGCGCCACUUGACGCUCGUUUUGCUUUGCAAGUUAGAAGGCUAAUACGAAGGUCUUUGCGCCAGAACUGCACUGCAAUUGGCCGAGAUUGAACGAGAAGGCGGCAUCUCGCCCCGUAUCUCUCCCAUGACAAGUCAGUCCUCCUUUUGACCCACUUGAGGUGGACCACCUAACCCACCCUGUCAUUCUUAGAUUCACAAUCCAUCACCUCACUCCUGAACCGAGCCGGCUUCAAUUUGGCCACUGUCGACGUCGACGAGAUCGACAUCAGCUAUCCUAGCAUGUUCGAGCUAGUCGAGGACCUCAAGUGGAUGGGCGAAUCGAAUGCCGUCAUCAACAGGUGCGUUCGGAGUGCAAGGUGAUGCCAAGCCAGAGAGUUAACUCUUCAAUGUUUUUCGUCCACAGACGGUCGAGGUUGAAUCCAGACACCUUGCUGGCCGCUGCUUCGAUUUACCGAGGUCAGUCGCCGUUCUUCCCUAAACUCUCUGGCGGCCGAAAUCCAACGGGAAGUGUCCCCUUUCCAUGACAGAAUUGCACGGGCAUGAGGACGGGACAAUCCCGGCGACGUUCCAGAUCAUGCACAUGGUGAGCAGUGAUUUUGCAGCUCCUCUUCGAUCGUGGCGUCGUUGA